CGUCGGUGUUGUCGGCAGACAGCAGCAGCAGCGUCUUGUGGAUUGACGACGACGACGUCGAUUACUGAAAAGCUUUUGCUGAAGCUUUUGGAGUUUAUCGUCUGGAAGCGCAUUGUGCCAUCGAGCCGCGGAUUCAGUGCAACAGGCCGUGGAUCGUGCAACGAGAAAGAAGUCGUCGCCGAGUCGUGGGGAGCUUCUCGCCGAAGAAGAGACAUAAUCUUCCCCGCUACAACAACAUUCGCAAUGACUGAGUACAAGCUAGUCGUUGUUGGAGCUGGUGGUGUGGGCAAGAGCGCCCUGACGAUCCAGUUGAUUCAGAAUCAUUUCGUGGACGAAUAUGAUCCCACGAUAGAGGAUUCAUACAGAAAGCAGGUCGUUAUCGACGGGGAAACCUGUCUCCUGGACAUUCUGGAUACGGCGGGUCAGGAAGAAUAUUCAGCAAUGCGAGACCAGUAUAUGCGAACCGGGGAAGGAUUCCUCCUGGUUUUCGCUGUCAACAACGCAAAAUCAUUUGAAGACAUUGCCAUGUACAGAGAACAAAUCAAACGCGUCAAGGAUGCAGAUGACGUACCGAUGGUAUUGGUAGGGAACAAAUGCGAUUUGCCGUCUCGGACCGUGGACAUGAAGCAAGCGGCGGAGCUUGCGCGUAGUUACGGUGUCCCCUUCGUCGAGACCUCAGCCAAGACGAGGAUGGGAGUCGACGAUGCUUUUUACACUCUCGUUAGGGAAAUUCGAAAAGAUCGAGAGGCGAAAACUCGUGAAAAAAAGAGGAACCGCAACAAGAUCAAGAAGAAGUGUAUAAUUUUGUAAAUAGUAGCAGCAAAAGGCCGGCUAAACGGUACUACGUCGACCGCUGAGGCGAUCUUUUUCUAGGCUCCAGGAGUCAUGCCGUUGUCGGGGAGACCUCGCUGCAGACAAGGGGUGGGGAACGCUGAAGACGAUCGUUUCUCGUUUCUCGCAAUAAAAAUAUAAUCACCGGAA